GAAGAUUUGUUCAAAAAUUUAACAGCAGAGGCCAUGAACAACUAUUGCUCUGGUAAUGAGUGCAAUAAUGCAACAUCAUCACGAAAAAGACAAACUGGAACAAUGGUCAGACCUGAGGAUAUUAUCAUUGUUGAUAUUACUGAAACAACCUCUGGACUAAGAGUGACCUUUUAUGUAAGAGGUCGAUCUGGAGUGCCUAUUGAUGCUUACUCAGUACGAGCAGCUAUUGAGGCAUCUAGUUCAAGAUAUACUGCUGCUGGUUUACCAAUAGAGAGCAUUGAAGUACUAAAUCCAUCAAUGACUCCUACACCUACAACCAGCCCUACUGAUGAUGAGGGACUUUCUGCUGGAGAAAUAGCAGGAAUAGUAAUAGGAUCAGUGAUUGGAGCACUCCUUCUCAUAAUAAUACUUGUCAUAAUCAUCUACUGCAUAUGUAAGAGGCUUAGAGGAACUAGUCGUUAUGCUUUUGUCGAGAAAGGGAUCCCUACUACAGCCCAAGAUGAUGAGUUCACUGUUCAAAACGUGUACUAUGAACCUAGACCUCCUAGCCCUGAUGAAGGUUCAGUUCAGAAUAUGGAGUUAAAAUUUGCUCAAGAAUCUGAGAGCAGUGAAGAUGAAGAUGAUGAUAAUGAUGCAGAAGGAUCUGAUAAAGGGCAAAAGGAGAAGAAAAGAGUCAGCCAGGCUGCUGGUGGCUUGGAGAAGGAAAUGCUUGAGAUGUCCGAAGAGACCCAUCUCUGAUGACAGUUUUAUUUAAUUAAUAGAUAAUAAUCGUAAAUAUUUUGCCAUUCAUGCAUGCAUGUACUAGUCUGUGUCUACUGUCAGAGAUUUAGUUUAAUUUA